AUGGAUCAACAACAUAACAUUGCUGCUCUAAACGAUAGUGCUGGUGUUUUACCAAUGGAUACUGGUGUAACAUAUAAUGGUAUUCAUGAUGAAAGUGUAACUAAUCCAUCAUCAUCAGGCAAAGCAGGUGCAAAAAAAGGUCGUGGUCGUCCACCAAAAUCCGGAAGUACAAUAAAAGGAAGUAGUGGUUCUGCUACACCAAAACGUGGACGUGGUCGACCACCAAAAGGAGGUGAAACACCUUCAUCAACUAAAAAGGUUACUGCUGCAUUAAAAAACAAAAAAGAAGAAAUUACAGCAACAAAUGUCGAUUUAAAUAAAAAAAAACGUGGUAGACCGUCGAAGAGUAGUGCAUCACAUGAACAAAUCAAUGGCAUAAGCAAACCACAAGUUCAAGUAACUCCAGUUUCAUAUCAACAAGAAAAACAAGUUGUUACUGAUGAACCAAUGAAGAGAAAACGUGGACGACCAUCAGGAUCAUCACCAAAAAAAACUGUUGUAGCUGUCGUAGCAACACCAUCAAAAGAAGCAUCACCAGCAAGAAAACGUGGUCGUCCAUCAGGAUCUGGUAGUAGUAAAAAAUCAUCAUCAAAACCUAAGGCAUUAGCCGGUACUGAUGGUUCAACUAGAAAACGAGGUCGACCAAAAAAAUCAACCGCAACACCAUCAAUAACCGGAUCUGUCGCAUCAGUUAAUGAAACAGCUACGCCUACACCAAAUAAUGUUCAAUAA